AAUCUGCUGCGAUCUUUCGCCGCGCUAGCCCGACAUCUGGAAAACGUCCGGACGCGUUUUAAUACAAAAAGCUUUCGUCGUCGGAAACGUAUUACAAACUUUUACCAACUUCUAGCGGGUUCUCUUUAGUGUUUUGUGAAUUUAUGAAAUAUCUUUAGAGGCGUUGUAUAAGCAGAUUGUCAUCGCGUAGAAAAUAAUAGAAGCAUGAAGAAUCAAGCGUGUAUUAAAAAUAUCCCACCUCGACAUUGUAUCCAGUAAUAACGACCAUCAAGUUAACUACUGAUCGAUAAUUCGUCGGAUAACAUCAUGGCCGAAAACGAUACUUACAUAAACCAAGAUAGGACAUCAUCGAAUCUGACACUUCAUGAUUCAAAUUUAUCACAUUUAAACGUAAUAAAUAUCACAACGGAAAUGCCUAUUACGUACGCUAUACCUUUAUAUGGUUACCUAAUGCCUAUCUUACUGAUAAUAACCAUUGUUGCUAAUACGUUGAUUGUAAUAGUAUUGAGUAGAAGGCAUAUGCGUAGUCCUACCAAUGUUGUACUAAUGGCUAUGGCACUGUGCGAUAUGUUCACUUUAUUAGUUCCGUCACCUUGGUUGAUCUACAUGUACACUUUAGGAAACCACUACAGACCCCUAUAUCCAACUGGACUAUGUUACGCAUGGAGUUAUAUGCAUGAGAUUAUUCCGUGCAUUUUUCAUACAUCGAGUAUAUGGUUAACACUUGGUUUAGCAAUACAGAGAUAUAUCUACGUUUGUCAUGCACCGCUCGCAAGAAAAUUCUGCACAUUACCGAACGUAUACAAAAGCGUUGCUGGGGUUCUAAUUGUAGCAACUCUGCAUCAAGUACUCAGAUUUGUUGAUACGGAAUAUACUACAGUUAACAUCACUUGGAACAACAUUACCACUCCAAUAUGUAUUAGAAGACGAGCCGAAUGGAUAAACGAAUAUCUAAAUGAAGACAUUUAUUUUGUGACUUAUUUCAUGUUCCGGAUAUUAUUCGUCCAUCUGCUUCCCUGCAUAUCCUUAGUAAUACUAAACCUACUCUUAUUUAAAGCCCUAAGAGAAGCUCAGAAGAGGAGAGACAUCCUAUUAUCAUCCAAAAAAAAUCAAAAGAAUGAAUGUAAAAAAUUAAGAGAUUCGAAUUGUACAACGCUCAUGCUUAUAGUAGUUGUAACAGUAUUUCUUGUUGUAGAAAUACCAUUAGUAGUUGUUACUAUCUUACACAUAAUAUCUAGUACAGUUUUCGAAUUUCUAGACUACGAUGUUGCGAACACAUUAAUUUUAUUCACAAAUUUUUUCAUCAUAUUAAGUUACCCAAUUAAUUUCGCCAUAUACUGUGGCAUGUCUAGACAAUUUAGAGAAACUUUCAAAGACAUUUUUAUCAAAGAUAUUGGAAACGCCAGAAACGGUUCUUCCAAGUAUUCCAUUGUGAAUGGCCCUAGAACUUGUACUAACGAAACUGUUUUGUAAAAAAAUUGGAAACUCAAAAAAUGAAAAUGUAUGACGCUUAAUAAAUUGGAUUUAACUAUUUUUUGUACAGUCUGUAUAUUUCUACAUUGUCUUUCUGUAAAUAGAUACAUUAAUACAGUAUCAAAAUAAUCUGUGUGACCAAAGAAAAGAUUUAUUUACAUCUAGAAGUCAAACCGGAAUGAAAAGGAAACUAAAAAAUAAUAGAUUUAUUAGCUUCCCGUAUGAUUCCAGCCUUGCUUGUUUAUAAACUAAUUCCUAAUAUAAUUUCGAUUUUAAAGAAUCAAGUAUUUGGAAAUUUUAGAAAACCUAUUUUUAUAUGAAAGAAAGCUCUUUAGAUAAGUUGUUUGGAAUCAACAUUUAGAUUCAUAUAUCAUUGAUCAACUAUAAUUUUUUCAUAUUUUUUCAUAAAUCAAGUGUAUUGAUAUCAAUAUAUAUUUGUUAAAAUGAACUGUCAAACCCCACUUAAUAAGAUUUAAAUAGUUUUUAAAUACAAUAUUAAAAAAGUUUAUGUGAUUCUUUGUUGUGAAAACAGCGAACAAUCAAUAAAUAUGGCUCUGUUGAAUGUAUUGCGUGGUGUUGAUUUCUUCCUACAGGAAGCAUUCGUUAAAAUAAUAUACAAAUCUUUGGAUGAAACUGAUGCAGGACCUUUGGUUGCUUUAAAUUCAAUAGAUGCAGAUCUCAAAAUUUAACUAAAAAAUGUAAAAUUUUUCACGCUUCAUAAGAAAUUAACGAAGCAAGUUGAUUGCAGCUAUAUUUGUCUUUAGGGGAGCUAAUCUUAGACAACAGAAAUUUUUAUAAAUCAACAAUUCAUUUUGACGAAAGCACUUUAAUCAAAAAUGUUGUUUCACCCCCCAAAACUGUCGAGAUUGGAGAAAAACUACAACUAGUGAUAAAUAACUAAUGUUCGACAUUCAAAAUUUUUGGGAAAAAAAAUAUCUCAACUUAUAGCUAUAGAUCAUUCACAAUAACUAUAAUAAAAGAAUUACGAUUAUAUAGGCGAUAUAAAAUAACUUGAAAUGACUUAUAUAUUUUUAGUUUAUCAAUUGAUUUAUAUCUACUUAGAUUAUUACUAAUACUUAUAGCAAAAAAGAAUUAUACAGACGAUACAGAAGUAUGAGAAUAUAUAUGAUAAAAAAAUGAAAUAAUUUUUAGUCCAGCAGUUGGUUUAUUUCUGGUACUCCUUGGUGAUUACUUUAUUUAACCUCUUUCCCCUUCGAAUUUCGCAUAGCACGCCAAUGGGGUCGCUUGCAUUAGCUCCUCUGAAGCAUGGGCUAAGAAUCUCCCUUGAUGACAUAUUUAUCCGUGUAAAUAAUCUUUGAUGUAUCGGGUACAUAAUCACGAGCGUAGAUACAUCCAACUCAAGUGGGAUAUUGGUCGGUCUGGUCGGUUACAGCACUAGGAAGCAGAGUGGUGCCGGUUGGGUUUUAUACUUAAUUAUAACGUAACUACUACGUUGUAACAUAUUUACCACGUUAAGUUGAAUUUGUUGUGGCACCCACACACCACUGCACUCUUGCACGUGCACAGUGCCGCGACCAUUAAGAUUCGAAUUGGUCAGUUGAUAUAGAUAUAUUUAUCUAUAACAAGAAAUGAAUAGUUUGACAAAUGAUUUCAAUAUAAGGUAUAUGAGCUUAGAUAUCAAUUCUAAACAACUUUUCCCAAUAACUUUGUUUUAUAUUUGCCACAUAAAACACUUCUCUCUACAAUUUUUUGGAAAGUUCCGAGGCAUACUUGCACUUUAAAUGUUAAAAAUUAGUUUUUUCGUUAAGCAAGGCUAAACCGUGAAUUAUAUAAAUUGGAAUAGAAAAUGUUUUAUGUCCUACAAGAUUCAUUUCACCCAAACGGGGACUUGUAUGUAUACAUCAUUAUUAUAGCACUGCACUCCUAACUCUGUUAAUUGAAUCCCUGUAAUGAAUUAUUGAGUAGAGUCUCAUCAAUAGGUCUUUGAAAAUCAUUUUUAAUUAAAUGAUGAUGAAGAAAUAUUUUCACCCCAGAUACGAAACGAACUCUAACGCUACGAACGUGAGUCUAGAGAGCCACUCUCGCCCAAGAAAUUGAAAUUUAGAGUUAAAUGGAUGAUUCAGAAAAAA